GUCAUGUUCUGUUAUAAUCUCUACCCGGCACAGCCAGAAGAGGACUGGCCACCCCACAUAGCCCGGUUCCUCUCUAGGUUUCUUCCUAGGUUUUGGCCUUUCUAGGGAGUUUUUCCUAGCCACCGUGCUUUUACACCUGCAUUGUUUGCUGUUUGGGGUUUUAGGCUGGGUUUCUGUACAGCACUUUGAGAUAUCAGCUGAUGUACGAAGGGCUAUAUAAAUAAAUUUGAUUUGAUUUGAUGGUGUCAUCAAAUCUAGAGUUGGCCAUCCAGUACCUCACAGUACAACAGUUGACAAUAAACAUCCUACAAAUACCUCACAGAAAAACAGAUGAUGACAUUGCACCACACAAUAACCGAUGACAUAAUUUCCUCUCAGUGACUCCUCCAAAAAACAUCCCGACUCAAAGGCCAAUGACAUCAUACAGUACCCCCCCCACAGUGGCCAUUGACUGCUAAACAAACACUCCCACAGACCGACAUCAUUAUGCCUGCUCUUGUACUGAUCCAAGUCCAACACAGUAGUUCAGCUCUCUCUCAGCCAUUUCGCUGAUGCCAUGUAAAAGGUAAACAUCGACUGUCAAAGCCCCACAUUGACUGUACAGAGUAUAUUUCGAGUAGUUUGAGAGCCAACAUUGCUCUGUUCCUCUUGUCUGAGGGUUUUUGUUUUUCCUUCUCUGUCCAGGCAUGCUGCAGUGAGAAUCCUCUGUGAAAUGUUAGUGCAUUGCAUUCCUGACCUCUAAUUCCCUGUUACUGAUUGGUGUGUGUGUGUGCACGGUAGUUCGUGCGUGCUUUAAGCAGUGGGACCAGUGCAUAAAACAUCCUGAAUUAGCCUCCAGUCUGGAUAAGCUGCAUGUGUCACAUGCAAAAAUUUUUUAUCCACACCAAUGAAUUGCUUCAUCUCCAGCCCCUGUGGUCAGUCUGUGUGGAUCUGAGAGGCUGGAGGGAGAGUCUCAGAGCUCUGCUCCUGAGAUGGUCACAUGAUAAGGCUGAGCACAUGUAUUACUAAUGCAUGGAGAGCAUCAGUGGACCACUCACUUUGAUCUAGCAGCCAGUCCUCAUUAAACCUGCUGAUUGUCUGUGUAGAGCGAGAAGGCAAAACCCAUAGAGAUCAGAGCAAGGUGAUGGUCAAUGAAGUUCCAGAUGCACUAUGUUCCAGAUAACAGUAGCAACAACCACAAAAGCAUGUAGGAGCAACAACAUGGACUCGGGGUUAAAGAGGUAGUUCACCCAAAUUACUAUAAACUCAUUUUAUGGAGAACAUGUGACUAUUUAAUCUGGGAAAUAGUUUUUACAGUCUUUAAAAUAUAUUUCAAAAGCCUGUCUGAUAGAGCCAAUACAUUUCCCUGUGUUACAGGUAUGCUGUUGGACUGAGGAUUAAAGCCUGUUGCCAUAUAUUUGAAAUGUAAUGAAGUCCAGUGGGAGUAAUGAAAGCUCUGCUGAUACAAAGAGGGCAAACCAAUCUCUGUCAAGGGCUCUGCGAUGAAAACAAAGAGAAUCUGUUUACUGGAAAUGUGUGCGAGGUAGUCGCCAAAAAGAGGAAAAAAGACUUCUACAAUAACAACACCAAAUCACAGUUUGUUUACCAGGAGAAGUGGAUCUAUGUUCAGAAGGAGAGCACAAGAGAGAGACAUGGAUACUGCACACUAGGGGAAGCCUUCAACCGUCUAGAUUUUUCCAGUGCCACUCAGGACAUCCAGAGAUUUACCUAUGUGGCAAAACUCCUCCAGCUCAUAGCCAGGUCUCAGCUGCCGUCCCUCAGUGGAGCAGCUCAGAAGAACUACUUCAACGUGCUGGAGAAGAUCGUACGGAAGGUUCUGGAGGACCAUCAUAACCCUCGCCUUAUCAAGGAGCUGCUGCAGGACCUGAGCUCCACCCUGUGCAUCCUGACCCGAGGCAUGGGCAAGUCUGUCCUGGUUGGCAACAUCAACAUCUGGGUCUGCAGGCUGGAGACCAUCCUCAACUGGCAGCAGCAGCUCAACAACCUGCAGAUACCCAAGCAAAUGUCCAAUGGUAUGACGCUGCGUGACCUGCCGCUAGACAUGCAGAACAACAUCCUGUACAAGUUCUCCGACGCCUGUGACAUCAUCAACUUGGGACAGGCCACGCCCACUCUUCACAUGCUCAGUGAGGACCGGCACCUGUGGAAGAAGCUGUGCCAGUUUCACUUUGCAGAGAAACAGUUCUGCAGGCAUCUGAUCUUGUCAGAGAGGGGCCAUGUGGACUGGAAGGUCAUGUACUACACCCUACAGAAAUACUACCCCAAGAGAGAGCAGUACGGAGACACACUGCACUUCUGCAGACACUGUAGCAUCCUCUUCUGGAAGGACUCUGGACAUCCUUGUACAGCCAACGAUCCCAACAACUGCCUCGUGCCUGUUUCACCUCAGCACUUCAUAGACCUCUUCAAAUUUUAGACCUCCUUUUGAUACUCCAGACCAGGAGAGGGGUGACUUACCCCCUCCUUGCCUCUCCUCUCCUCUCCGUGUAUAGUGUGUGUAAAAACAAAGGGCUCAGAGGAAGAAGACGUUUUGUUGUUUUAUAUUUUUCUGCAUACAUUUGACUCUGACUGAAAACAACAGAGAGGAAAAGAGGAGAUAUGUUUUUGAGUGUGAGGCAUGGAUGGCAUGAAAGAGAACUGCAGUGCUCAUUAUUGACACCUUGUUGGGAAAUAACUGAUUAUUCCAUGUGAUGGCUUGGUGGCCAUUUUGCCUUCCGUUUAAUUUUUUCCUUCUUGGUAACAGAAUGUAUGUCCAAUGUAGAUGUAGGUCUCUGUUUAUGUACAGUAUAUCUCCUCCUGUGUAUUUUCGCCAUGCAUAUUUGAGGCGUCAACACUAAAAAUAAAUGUACAUGUUUGCUGUAACAAUGACUUUUUACGAUACACCUUUUGUCAGAAAUUUCAAGUAGACAGUAAUGAAAUGUGAACAUGACUUUAUGGGGGGUUGUAAUAUUGCUUUAACAUUCCAACUGAGAUGUAACUUAUAACUGAGAUGUAACCUACUCUUGUUGGUAUAAUCAUUCAUUUCCUGUGAUGGAAGCGAACUAAUUAUAAUAAAGGCAUUCAUGGCUGUGGUUGCUAUGGGAAUCA